CUGUGCACUUGACCAAAUAUAAACUACAUUUCUUGGCCGAGGUACAGAUUUCCUUGGGGAGGAGUCUGACACAGAGAGUUCAACGUAGGACGGACUGAAGGACAAACAAGCAGAACUAUCGUGAUUACUAACCUUUGACUGCAGGAAAAGAUGUCUUCCGCCACCUUGGCUGCUGGUCGGGUGCUUGCUGCUGCGUCACAUGCAAGCCACGAGGGAUCAACCAAAACCUGGAAGAUUCUGACCUUCGUCCUAGCCCUCCCAGGUGUUGGCGUCUGUAUUGCCAACGCCUACAUGAAAGCGCAAGCCCAUUCGCACGAGCAGCCUGACUUUGUGCCAUACACUCACCUACGCAUCCGCACCAAGAAAUUCCCCUGGGGUGAUGGGAACCACUCACUGUUCCACAACGGUCACGUCAAUGCUCUCCCCGACGGCUUCGAGCACUCUGGACACUGAGACGAGCAUUCAGUCCUCACAAAUACGUCCUGCUCGUUUCAGACGCCACUCUCCGGUGCACCUGCUUUACUAACAAUCUCUGGA